AAAGACAUCCUAUAUACGUAAUUUACCCUGUUCAUUUUCGUCGGCGUUCCGUACUCGUAUUCCGCAUCUCCGCGUGUCGCCUCGUCACAUCCGUAUCUUUUCGUUAAAGCGUAACUCGUCUCCCUCUUCAUGUCUUUGAUCAACUGCCGAUGCAUGGAAGCAGCGGUUAGGGUUCCGGCAAUCUUCUCUUUCACCUCCUCCGCCAAUAAAACCUUUAUCUCAUUUCCAUCUCUCUCCUUCGUAUCCCAAUCAUCUUCGAGAAGCAUCGUCUCCUCGUCCAAAGUACUUUCUCUCCGCGCUAACUAUCUCUUGAGCCAUACACGCACCAUGGCCGUCGGAUCUCAGAAUAACGCGGUCGUUGAUACGCCCGCGGAGGGCUCGGAAUCGUUGUUUAGGACGGCGCUUUUGAGUAUGGAGAAUGUUUAUUUAGGCCGAAACCCUACCGCCAAAGCUGUUCUGGAUCUCGUCCGCUCGGCUGGUGGAAAUCAAAUUUGCUAUGAUCAUUUUGCUUAUAGGACGUUUGGGAUAGAUGGCUAUGGGAUCGAUUCCAUGGCUAAAUUUUUCCUAGACUUUGGUUAUACACGGAGGGAAGAGUUGAGGUUUCCUGCUAAGAAGUUGAGAGCCAGGUGGUUUGCACCUCCCAGUUACGAUAAUGGAAUUUACUUUGGGGGGCCUUUGCCACGGAUAUUCAUAUCAGAGCUUCUUGUGGAUGAGACGAGUCCUCAAAGUCAGGAAGUGAUCAAGAAGUAUGUAAAAAGUUUGGGAAAUGCAAAUAAUCAUGCAGCCCUUGCAAGUACAUUGGGAUGUUUAACUUGGGAAACACCCUCAUAUUCCGACUACCAAAAGCUAGCAAGGGAAAGUGAGUAUGCCGCAUGGACCCUUGUAAAUGGUUUUACAGUGAAUCAUGUAACCAUUUCUGUUCAUCGUCUGAAGUCAAAUAUCGGAAACAUCAAUAAUCUGAAUCACUUUAUUGAAGAUGAAGGAUUUAAAUUGAACUCUGAAGGGGGUAUACUGAAAGUGAGUCCUGAUGGCCUUCUGCUCCAGAGCUCAACCGUGGCUGAUUCUAAUGUUUUCAACUUCAGUGAUGGUGUUAGUGAGACUGUUCCUUUCUCGUACAUUGAAUUUGCAGAACGACUUGUACUUCCUCAGUAUGCAAAAUUAACCAAUGAAGAGAUCAAGGAAUUCCACAGAAGAGAUGGGUUUGAGGUUGGAAAUGCGGAUAAGAUCUUUGAGAGCACUUCGAAGGAUCAAAUAGCCAGAAAAGUCGCAUGAUUGAAGAAAUAUCUCAACCUGAUGCCGUUUGAGUCCCAUGCCUGCUCCAGCAAGGGGAAACCUCUUUAGUAGGUUAAGAGCAUCAGCCAUUAAGCUUCUUCAAAGUCUAUAAACUAGCGGAUGUUCAACAUUGAAAUGUUCAAUAAUAUCAAUUGGAUGCUAAAUAAUAUUUGCUGUGGUUCUUCAUGUGCUUAGUUGUAUGCAUCCCCAAUAACUGACUUUUUGAGAGUAAAUAUCUUC